GGAAGUCAAUGCGUCUUCUGUAUGAAACAUGGUGGCGGUGGAGUCGUGUGGACAGUGGAUGGUGUUCAGCUGCGACCAGAAGCUGGUAGCAGUCCACAGAACAGAGAAAAGGGAAGCGUUUGUGUUUGACUGCAGCACUGCUGAGAAGAGGACGAAGAGUACAGAGGAUGAGAAGCUCAGUGACGGCAGCACCCAGGACGACUCGGGCAGCGACCGGAUCCUUGCCUUGGCUGUGUCUGGCUCCGGAAAGCUGCUGGCUGUGACCGACGACUCCAAGAGGCUCGUCCUGUUUGGCAGCGAGCCGUCAUGGAGCUGCAUCAGCACCAGGUGGGUGGCGAGGAGGUGCACGGCGCUGGUGUUCAGCCAGACUGAGGAGGAGCUGCUGGUGGCAGACAAGUCAGGAGACGUGUAUUCCUUCUCGGUGACGGAGCCGCAGAGGGAGGGCGAGCUGAAGAUGGGCCACCUGUCCAUGCUGUUAGCUGUGACUGUAUCUCCAGACAACAGGUACAUCAUCACGGCCGACCGCGACGAGAAGAUCAGAGUGAGCCAACUCAGGUCUCCACACAACAUCCAGUCCUUCUGCCUGGGACACCAGCAGUUCGUCAGUGCUCUCCACAUCAACUCACAGCAUCCUCUCUGGCUGCUCUCUGGAUCGGGGGAUGGGACACUGAAGCUGUGGGAGCUGGAGCGAGGCCGCAGACUGCAGAGCCGAGACCUCAGGAAGGCGGAGACAGAGACGGAGAGCUCUGAGAGUCAGACUGUGUCCAGAAUCAGCAGCUCUCCCGAUGGUCGUCAUGUGGCUGUGCAGUGUGAGAGAGUGUCCACGCUGGAGGUCUUCACUCUGCAGGAGGAGGGCGAGGAGAAGCUGGUUCCUCACAGCAGCCUCCGCCUGCCCCACUGUCCUCUGGACAUGACCUUUGACCUCGAGGGAAGGCUGUGGGUGCUGAUGGAUUCUGGCGACGAGCCGCUCCGGCUGUACGCUUAUGAACAGAGCUCCUGGGAGUGUGACGCCGAGGAUCCUGAACUGAACAGGGUGACGGAGGCGUUCAGGCCCCACUGGGAGACACUUGAGGCCUCCGUGAGGACGCACAAUCGCUUUGAGCAGCUGCAGAAGUCCAGCUACGACAACGUGUCUGCGUACCUGCAGAAGAAGCAGCAGCGGCUGGAGGAGCAGCAGCUGAAGAGGACCAAGGCUCAAAGACCGAACGGCAACAAGAGGGCCAAGAAGGAGGCGUCUGCGUGAAGGAUCGUUUGAUUUUGCUUAGAGUUUCUUUUUCAUUUUUC